AUGGAAAAGGUGUUAUCUUCUAUAGGAAAACUAAGUGUAGUUGCAGGUGGUUUAAGUUUAAUUCCUUAUACUUUUAUUUAUGAUGUAGAUGGAGGAGAAAGAUGUGUUAUGUUUAAUCGUUUUGGAGGUGUAAGUGAAAAAACUUACGGAGAAGGAAGUCAUUUUUAUAUUCCUUGGUUUCAAACUCCAUAUAUUUAUGAUAUAAAAAUGAAACCAAAAGUCAUUAACACAACUACAGGAACAAGAGAUUUGCAAAUUGUUACUAUAAGUUUAAGAUUAUUAUUUAGACCUCAUACACAACAUCUACCUUACUUGCAUAGCACUCUUGGACCAGAUUACGAUGAAAGGGUUUUGCCAUCUAUUGGAAAUGAAGUUCUAAAAGCUGUUGUUGCAAAAUAUAAUGCAGAAUCAUUAUUAACACAAAGAGAUAAAAUAUCAAAAGAAAUUAGAGAAAGUAUUACAGCAAGGGCUAAACAUUUUAACAUUAUGUUGGAUGACGUAGCUAUCACUCACUUGAGUUAUGGAAAGGAAUUUGCUAAAGCCAUUGAAGAUAAGCAAGUAGCACAACAAGAAAGUGAAAGAGUAAAAUUUAUUGUUGCAAAAACAGAACAAGAAAAAAUUGCCGCAGUUAUUAAAGCUCAAGGAGAAGCAGAAGCUGCUAAAUUAAUUUCUACAGCAGUUAAAGAAUAUGGUAAUAGUUUAUUAGAAAUUAGAAAAUUGGAAGCAGCUAAAGAAAUAGCUGAAAAUUUAAGUAAAUCAAAAAAUAUUACAUAUUUUCCAUCUAGUUCAAAUAUAUUAUUAAAUACUAAAAAUUUAUAA